AUGAGGCCAAUUUCCCUCACUUCCGUUUUUGCCAAAGUCGCUGAAGAUUUUGUUUGUUCAUGUGUUACUUCUGACAUUCAACCAUCUUUAGAUGCCCGGCAAUAUGGUAAUGUAAAAGGUGCCUCAACAUCACAUUACCUUGUCCGUCUUGUCCACGAUUUGUGCUCUGCCGCUAAGCGGAGUCGCAACGUGGGAACGGUCGUACUCACGGACUUUACAAAAGCUUUUGUCAAUGAUUUAAUUAAACAUAACAUCCUUGUUCAAAAAGUUAUCUCUUGUGGUGUCUGUGAGUCGAUCGUUCCCUGGAUUUGUGAUUUCCUCUGUGGCAGAGAGCAAUGUGUUAGGUUUAAAAAUAAACUAUCUAGGAACAUAACCCUUAAUGCUGGUAUUCCACAGGGAACAACAUUUUCUGGUGUCGGCUUUCAAAUCAUGAUCAAUGAUGCGGUUAUGAACUCUAAAUCUCUUGCUUUAAAAUAUGUCGAUGACCUCUCCAUAUAUGAGAACCGGCAUAUUGAUCAGACAGAUGAUAUACCAAAGCAAGUAAACAAAUGCUUGUGUUUAGCUGACUUUUAUACUCAUCUCCCUUAG